UGGGACAUGAGCAACCAGGAUGUCAUCAACGCCAUUGAGCAGGACUACAGGCUGCCCCCCCCCAUGGACUGCCCCUCCGCCCUGCACCAGCUCAUGCUGGACUGCUGGCAGAAGGACCCGCAACGCUCGGCCUCGCUUCGCCGACAUCGUCAACACUCUGGACAAGAUGAUACGCAACCCCACCUCCCUGAAGACCAUGGCCAACAUCCCUGCCAUCCCCUCCCAGCCUCUCCUGGACCGCUCCCUCCCAGACUUCAGCAGCUUCGGCUCUGUGAGGAGUGGCUGGCCGCCAUUAAGAUGACUCAGUACAGAGACAACUUCCUCAACUCGGGCUUCACCUCCCUGCAGCUCGUGACCCAGAUGACCUCCGAGUGAGUCACGCGCACACGCCCCUCGCACACGCACGCUUUGACACGCAUGAAUGCACGAGCCUACUCAGACGGACGCGCGCGUUGCCUACGGUGAGCACACCUAGGCACGCGCUCACACGCACACAGAAAGGCACACCCACACACAUGCACCCACUGUAACAUGACGACGCUUCAGAUUAGUUGGGCUCGAGCUUCUCUCGGGCGUCAUUAACAUCCACAUCUCUCCGUGGAUGCUGUUCUGAUCCGAGUCUAGGAUUUAGCAGCAUGAGUCCACCGUUUACUCCACACCCCAGCCUUCAUCGCCACAUGAUUAAUCAAAUGAAGAGAAAAUGUGUCCGUUUUACUGUCUCAUUCACGGCCAGUAUUGGUCUGAAAAAAUCUCUUCCUUAAAAGGGUUUUAGAUUUCCAUUCUGGGAAUUGUUUUCACUGUCUUCAUACGACCGCCUUUGUUCUGUCUCUCUCUUUCUCCGUGUUCUUUCACCCACUCUUCCACUUUCUCUCAUUUUGUCACUCGCCGUCCCUCAUUCUCUCUCUCUCUCUCUCUCUCUCUCUCUCUCUCUCUCUCUCUCUCUCUCUCUCUCUCUCUCUCUCUCUCUCUCUCUCUCUCUCUCUCUCUCUCUCUCUCU